AGAAGGUAGACCUGCGUGGGGAGUAGAGAAUUGGGUUGAAGUUAUGAAAGACGUGGGUUUUAACGUAAAACUCUGUGUGGAGAACAGUGCUCACUUCGUAUGCUCACUAUGCUUCUUAUAUUGAAAUGUUCGUAAGGAGAGACUAAGGAAGUUCGAAAAUAUGUUUCGAGGUACGAAAAUUGAACUGAAAACUUAUGCUUGUACUAGGGGUACUAGGUCCAAAAUCAUAUGUUAAAUUAAUUACACAAUGUUAUAUAAUGUGUAUGUGAGUUUUUCAUUUUCCUACUAUUUACAGUUUUCUUGGAAAACACUCGUAAACAAUUAUCGUUCAUCAGUGUAUAUUAAUUAUCUACAUAUUAAAGCCAGGAAAUGCGAAUAAAGCAGCGCAAUUUACGAAAAAACUGAAGUCUGCAUCCGCUUUAAGAGUGUUAAUCAAGUAGGUUAAACGUGAGAUUUGCCAGAACAGCGUUUCACUCUCCACCUAACGUCUCUCCGCAAUGACGAUGAGCAUUUUUGUGAAGUAUUGGUUUUUGUUGUCAUGUCUUCCAUGGGCCUGUGACUUACAUGGGUUUUCAGCCGCUCCAGGCUCCCGCUCCAGAUACAGGCCGAACCUGGGUCGUCUGGAGGCGAUACAAGGCAGUUCGUGCCCCGGAAACAGGGUCCCUGAACUUGUAUUGGGCUACACUACACCGUGUUCGGGGGAACGGUUUUUCCAACUGAGGGAAUUUCACUUCAACAACUGUCAGACGUGUUCCCGUGUGCUGGGUGACAAGAUAACGCUAUACUCGUGCUGGUGUUGUCCCGGCGACCACGCUACGCUCAGCCAGUGUAUCGAGUGCGACAGACAAGGGGGUGGGAGGAGGCGUGCCAGGCUCCGCGAUGACUGGUUCUAAAGACAUUUCUGUCUGCUCCUACGGCAAAUAUGAUUUCAUAGAUUUAUGUAAAUGGAGACAGAGGGGACGUGGCAGACCAAUGAAUGGAUUUGCAAACCUAUAAAAGAUACACCUUUCUUUUUGUUGUUCGCAUUCUAGUAGGAGGAAGUUGUUUAUCGAUUGGUACUUUCUAGUAUGAAUAGAUAGCUGUUGCUUAAUAUAUAUAUAUAUUUUUACAUAUGUGAUUUGUUUUGAAAUCACUAGCUUUUUAGUUAUAAUUCGAACUGUGGCAGCCAUAAUUAAUAAUUCGAAUAAUACAUAAUGAAAUAAUCCGGAAAUCUGUCACAUUAAUAUACACAUAAAAAAUUGGUGCAUUGAAAUACUAGUAUUUCAAACAACACUGAAGUCAGCAACGGUGUGCGCUAAAACUGGUAUGACC